GUAUUAGUAACCACUCAUAAGUGUACUGGUUGUCUCCUUCAUCAAAUCCCCUUCUUUUCUUCCUUCACUUUCAUUCUUUCUUGCCCUAAGGCUCUUCACUCGUUGACUUGAUUAUCACAAAUCGAUCAUCAUCAUCAUCAUCAUGUCUUCUUUUGACAGUAAGUUUGAUUACCUCAAACUUCCCCUCAUUGACAUUCAGACCGCUACCAACCAUUUUGCUGAUGAAAAUAUAGUCAGACGAGAUGAAUUUGGAAACGAGUACAAGGGGCAACUACUCUUAAGCUCCGGACAAUUGAUUGAUAUUCUUGCACGGAGGUUGGAUCUUAGGUCUUUCCAUGGAACCAAAGAGUUUCAGACGGAGAUUAUGAUGCUGGCUACUCUGAAGCAUCAAAAUCUGGUCUCUAUUGUUGGGUUUUGUGAUGAGGAUAAGGAGAAGAUCAUCAUAAACAAGUAUGAGGCCAAGGGAAGUCUUGACCAAUAUCUAAGUGACCCAAUUAAACUCCCAUGGACUCAAAGAUUGCAGAUCUGUCUUGGUAUUGCACGUGCCCUCAGUUACAUUCACUAUGACCAGGGACGCACUUUUAGCGUCAUACAUCGUGAUAUCAAAAGUUCUAAGAUCGUAUUAGAUGACAAGUGGGAAGCAAAACUAUCUGGUUUUGAGCUAUCCAUGAUGCAACCAGCAGCCAGGAGGCAGGGUCUUGUCCUUGAAGAACCAUGUGGCACGCCUGGGUAUGUAGACCCAGCAUGUGCAGCGUCUCGAACUGUGAACCACAAGUCGGAUGUGUACUCCUUGGGUGUGGUUUUGUUUGAAGUCCUCACUGGCAGGAAAGUAAACUCAGACGACGGAGAUUGGUCGUUAUUUGCUAAAACAGCCAAAUCCCAUUAUGAAAAUGGAAAUCUCAAUGAUGUUAUCCAUCCGGAUCUACAUAAGCAAAUGGACCAGGGCUCGUUAAAAAAGUUCUCAGAAGCAGCAUAUUGCUGCUUGAAGGAUCAACGGUCACAACGCCCAAAUAUAGAUCAACUUGUCUUUGCCCUUGAUCAAGCAUUGAAACUUCAAAUGGCACAUGAAGCCUCUUUGGCACUAAAGGAACAUUCAACACUAAGUACAUCAUCAUCCGACUACUGGAAGGGAAAAAAUUUAGAACACUUGAGGAUUGGAUUUGAUGCUAUAACGUCAGCGACAGAGAAUUUUGCUGAAACAUAUUUCAUUGGGAAAGGUGCGUAUGGUUUGGUGUACAAAGCAGAACUUGAACAUUUUGAUCCCUGUGCAACAAAAGGCAAUAGGGAAUCAGAAAUGCCUAGGAGACGCAGCACUGUAGCUAUAAAAUACAUUAUCGAUAGAGAAGACGCGCAAGGAGAACAGGGAUUCAUUGCAGAAAUUGAAACACUUAGUAGUUGUAAACAUGCAAACAUAGUCUCACUUCUUGGUUUCUGUCAUGAACAUCCUCAUAUGAUCCUAAUCUAUGAGUUUGUUUCUAAUGGAAGCCUUGAUGAUUAUUUGGGCAACGAAGGAAAGAUGACUAAUCUUACUUGGGUGCAACGAAUAAAAAUAUGCAUUGAUAUUGCACGUGGAUUGGAUUACAUUCAUACCACCAUGGAUGACAAACAAAAGAUAAUCCAUCGUGACAUUAAAAGUGCCAAUAUCCUGUUGAGCAAGAACUGGGAAGCGAAGAUUGCUGACUUCGGACUAUCGAGAUUCCACCCUAUACAUCAGACUAAGAGCACUAUCAUAACAAACAAUGUUGUAGGCACAAGAGUGUAUUGGGAUCCAGAAUAUGAGAGAACGGGUAAUUUGAAAAAGGAGUCGGAUGUUUACUCUUUUGGGGUGGUUUUGUUUGAGGUCCUAACCGGAAAAUUGGCUUAUGAUUCAGUAUACACCAACGAAAAUGAAAAGGGUCUUGCACCCAUUGUGCAACAACAUAUUAAGAAGGGAACAAUAACGGAAAUGGUUGAUCCUAAUUUAAAGGAAGAGAAUACUUUUACACUAAGUAAAGGGCCCAAUCAAGAUUCUUUGAAUACCUUUAUAUUAAUCGGGCACAGAUGUUUGGCUGAAAAGCAAGCCGAGCGUCCUACAAUGAAAGUUGUCAUCGAGGAACUUGUGAAAGCAUUAAACUUUCAGGAAACCUACAAGGACAACCUCCGAAUAUCACUUGAAGACAUACUAAACGCCACACAAGGCUUCAGUGAUAAAAAUUUAAUUGGGAAAGUAGGAUUCGGAAAGGUUUAUAGAGGAGAAAUUAUACGUGCUAAUGGACCUACCCCCAUUGCUGUAAAGCGGCUUGAUAGACAGUUCGGCAGGCAUAGAGAAAGAGUAUUUCUGACGGAAGUUGAAGUUCUUUUUGAGUAUAAGCAUGAGAAUAUCAUUGGGCUUGUAGGCUACUGUGACGAAAAUGACGAGAAAAUCUUAGUUUAUGAGUAUGCCUCUAAUGGAAUUCUGGAUAGGCAUUUGACAGAUGCUAGCAUAACAUGGACGAAACGACUUAAGAUCGGUAUCGAUAUUGCAACUGGGUUGGAUUUCCUUCAUGGAGGUGGUUAUCCUGUGAUACAUAGGGAUGUAAAAUCUGACCACAUUGUACUAAAUGAUGAUUGGAAAGCAAAAAUUAAAGGUUUCGGGUUUUCAGUGAUAACUCCAUUAGAUAACGAAAUUGACUUUGUGGUUGAUAAUGUUGUCGGCACAACUGGGUAUUGCGACCCGCUGUACAUUAAAAGGGGUUUAUUAACAAGGGAAUCCGAUGUAUAUUCACUUGGUGUGGUUUUAUUUGAGAUGAUGUGUGGAAGAUUGGCCUUUAUAAAAAACCAUGAGGAUGAACAUAGGACUCUUGUCAGGGGAUCCUCUACCCUCUUGUCAGUUUGGUUAAACAAUAUUAUAAAGAAGGAAAACUUGAUGAGUUGGUGUUUGAAGGUAUAAAGGAUAAAAUAGUGCCAAAGUCAUUGACUACUUUCCAAAGGAUUGCGUAUCAGUGCUUACACGAUGAAAGAGAGCAGCGGCCGACCGCCAGGGAGUUGGCAUUACAACUAAAGAAAGCAUUGGAAUUCCAAGAGGACAUUGAAAUAUGGGAGGUCAGACUACCUCGAGACUACAAAGAAAUAAUCCAGAAGUCAAGAACCCCAGAGUUGUAUUCUAACGUAAGCAAAAAAGAUAUCUACUUCAUGUUCUCCAAAGGAAUCCUUCUUCAAGAUGCUAAAGUGUGCUUGUCAAUAGGCACUAAUGGGGAAAGAAGUGAAAUGGUAUCAGCGGCAACGUUUUCAUAUGAAAACAACAGAUUACAUAAACGGAGAUCUAUU